AUCACACAACCAAUCAAUCAACUUCAUUAGUGUGAAUCUUUCAUAUGGCCUAUUCUCUCCACACCACAUCAACUUUCAUCUUCUAACAUUUCAUGUUCCUGAACCAAUACCACCACCACCCAUUCUUUCUCAUUUAUACUUCUCACCCCUUCAAUUAUUGCAUCAAACCAAAUUUUUAGUACUCACUUUUUUCUCUAAAUUUUCCUGAAAUUUUUGAUGGGAAUGAGACAAGAUUCAUCGCAUACGAGGCGGCCGGGGAGACAGGCGUCCCAUGAAGAGGAGGAGCUGGAAGAAGAGUAUGGUACCAACUUGGAAGACUUGAACCUGUCAAACCUGUCCAAACUUGUUCUUCCACCAUUAGGUGCUUCAAGCUAUAGUAAUAAAAACACUCACAGCUCGGCCGAGCUUCGGCACAACCUCAAGCGUAGGAAGAUCAUUUCUCCUAUGGCCACAAAAUACAGGUAUUGGGAGACAUGGAUGGUGCUAUUGGUAUUCUACUCAGCAUGGGUGUAUCCGUUUGAGGUAUCAUUUCUGAAAUCAUCACCGAUCAUCGGAAUCUACAUUGCCGACAUCGUCGUGGAUCUGUUCUUCGGCGUCGACAUAUACUUAACAUUUUCCGUCGCCUAUUUCGACCACAAGACUCAACUAAUCAUCCAUGACCCCAGCAAGAUCGCCAAGAGGUACUUAUCGACAUGGUUCGUGAUGGAUUUGGCAUCAACAAUUCCAUUUGAUCUGGUGGUCAUGUUGUUCACCGGCAGCCAUGAUCUGGGUCUGCCUUACUCUCUCCUGGGCUUGCUGCGCUUCUGGCGGAUUCGUCGCGUUAAGCAAUUUUUUACCAGGCUGGAAAAGGAUAUCAGAUUCAGUUAUUUCUUGAUCAGAUGUGCUAGGCUCCUGGCAGUAACUCUGUUCACAGUACAUUGUGCUGGUUGUCUAUAUUAUUUGCUAGCUGAACUCUAUCCUCAUGAAGGAAGAACUUGGAUUGGUGCCUCUAAUCCAAAUUUCAGAGAGACGCCUCUUGCAAUUCGAUACAUUUCAUCCAUGUACUGGUCUAUUACCACCAUGACUACUGUUGGUUAUGGUGAUCUCCAUGCUGUGAACACGGCUGAGAUGGUUUUCAUCAUUGUAUACAUGCUCAUCAACCUUGGCUUGACAGCUUACAUUAUUGGUAACAUGACAAAUUUAGUCGUUGAAGGCACUAGUCGUACCAUGCAAUUUAGAAAUAGCAUUGAAGCAGCAUCGAACUUUGUGAGUAGAAACCACUUGCCGGUCAGGCUCAGGGAGCAGAUACUAGCAUAUAUGUGCUUGAGAUUCAAGGCUGAGAGCUUAAACCAGCAGCAACUGAUAGAACAGCUACCGAAAACCAUAAUCAAAAGCAUUAGUCAGCAUUUGUUCAUUCCCACAGUCAAGAGGGUCUAUCUUUUCCAGAAUGUAUCAAGGGAAACUCUCUUGCUCUUGGCUGUGGAUAUGAAGGCUGAAUAUAUACCACCUAGAGAGGAUGUGAUAUUGCAGAAUGAAGCACCGGAUGAUGUUUAUAUAAUAGUAUCAGGGGAAGUGGAAUUAAUUGAUCAUUCUGAAAUGGAUCAGAAAGAGGAAAUUGUUGGGAUUUUGCAACCUGGAGACAUGUUUGGAGAAAUUGGUGCACUUUGCUGCAGACCACAAGCUGUUACAUAUCGAACCAAGACUCUUUCGCAGCUCUUAAAGAUGAAAACCAGUGCUCUAAUUGAAGCAAUGCACAGCAAACAAGAAGACUAUAUUGCUAUUAUCAAAAACUUCCUUCAGCAUCAUAAGAGGCUGAAGGAGUUGAAUAUAGGGGACUUCAUAGCGGAUAGUGGGAAUCAGGAAGAUGAUGAUCCUAAUAUGUCGAUCAACUUACUAACAGUUGCCGGAACAGGAAAUGCUGCUUUCCUUGAUGAACUUCUCAAGGCAAGAUUAGACCCUGACAUUGGAGAUUCCAAAGGAAGAACACCACUGCAUAUUGCAGCAUCAAAGGGGCAUGAAGAAUGUGUAUUGGUGCUUCUCAAGCAUGCAUGUAACAUACACCUAAAAGAUAUAGAAGGAAACACAGCAAUGUGGGAUGCCAUAGCAGCAAAACACCACUCCAUAUUCAGGAUUCUUUACCACUGGGCUUCCAUCUCAGAUCCUUCCACUUCAGGAGACCUCUUAACCACAGCUGCACGUAGAAAUGAUGUAGCUGUCAUGAAAGAACUCCUGAAACACGGAUUGUUUGUAGAUUCAAAAGACCGUCAUGGAUCAACACCUAUCCAAAUCGCAAUGGAAGAAAACCAUUCAGAAAUGGUUGAGCUUCUUGUGAUGAAUGGCGCAAAUAUCAACACUGACGAUCUUCCUAAAACCAGUCACAAGUUUUUGUCGUCUCUAAAUUUGGAUGAAAUGCUGCAAAGAAGAGAAGUAGGCCAUCAGAUAAACAUGCUUGACAACGUCGUUGACAAUGUGACUGCAAAGAACUUGGAGGCAGACGAUCCACUAAAAGAGUUCAAGAAGGAAAAAUCAUCAAAAGGAUCAAUAUUUUCUAUUAGAGUUAGUAUAUAUAGAGGCCAUCCUGUAAAGAGAAGAGAAAAUUGCUGCACUGAAGCUGGAAGACUAAUUACACUGCCUGUUUCACUGGAAGAACUCAAAUCUAUUGCAGGUAAGAAGUUUGGUUUUGACGCGACAAAUGCAACUAUAACUGAUGAAGAAGGAUCAGAAAUCGACUCCAUUGAAGUUAUAAGAGAUGGCGAUAAGCUUUUCGUGGUAGAGGACACAAGUUCUCUCAUAUGAAACAAACUUUUAGUGACUACUAACUAAUCUAUAUAUUAUUAACUAAGAGCUAGUGAUAAUGUAUGUUGAAGCUGUGCACAUAUAGAAAAAUGAUAAGUUCUUGAUC